GUCCGACAAAAGCUUUAUUCAUGGAUGAAAUAUCGAACGGAUUAGACAGCUCCACUACGUAUCAGAUAGUUGUUUGUCUUCAGCAUUUGGCACAUAUAACAGAUGCUUCUAUACUAAUUUCACUUCUUCAACCAUCACCAGAAGUAUUUGAUCUCUUUGAUGACAUAAUGUUGAUGGCCGAAGGGAGGAUCGUGUAUCAUGGGCCCCGCAAUAAUGUUUUAGAGUAUUUUGAGGGUUUUGGUUUUGCAUGCCCGGAAAGGAAAGGCAUAGCUGACUUCCUCCAAGAGGUUGUGUCAAGAAAAGAUCAACCGGCCUACUGGUGCAGAAAUGAACAAACAUAUAGUUAUGUCUCGGUAGAAACCUUUUCUACGAGGUUUAAGGAAUCUCGUUUGGGAAAAGAAGCUAAUGAGGAUGUAUCCAAACCCUUCACGAGAACGCAGAGUCAUGAGAAAGCCAUAUCCUUCAAUGUCUAUUCUCUUUCUAAAUGGGCUCUUUUUAGAGCUUGCAUGUCUAGGGAAAUUCUUCUCAUGAAAAGGAAUUCUUUUGUCUACAUCUUCAAUUCAGUCCUGGUGCUUAUCACUCCAUUCUCAGAAGUUGCAUUCAUGAAAAAUCGGGACCAUCUAGACCAAUAAGUUUGACAGAAUAGUCGACUUGCAAACUUCAGAUCAACCAGUGCUUGACACAGGUUCCUUGGCGCAACAGAUCCAUUCUCCUGCGCUAGUUUCUUCACCACCGUU